AUGGUUCAGCAGGAUGUUCAGGGCCUUAAAGCACAGACAGCAGGACUCAGCAUCUCCCAGCACCUGCUCUCCAGUUGUCAUGGUAACAUCAUCCCCAACCCAACCACCUUGUCCAGCCGAGAGACAGCAAUCAUAAGGAGGGACCUCGGUUUCCCCCGAGGGUCCUGGGCUUCCUUUCUGAAACGCUUGCUUCUGAGCUCAGCAACCAGGAACACCAGGCCAGCCCAUCCCCAGCACCUCUGUGGAGAUGAGGGACAAAGUCCUACAGUCCCUCUUCCUGUUCUGAUGAGAAAGGGAGGGAAGAAAACAUACCCUGAGCACCUGCAAUAUGGUCAUGACACUUUCAAAAAGCCUGUGCUAUGGAGUCAUGAUCAGAAACCAGGUCAGAAACCAGAGUGUGGAGAGGGUCAGCAGCCUGCCUCAGAGCAGCCAGCUAGCGGGGGAGUGGUAAAUUUGGAACUUGUACCCAGGCAUGACUGGCUCCAAGCCCAAUGCUCCACUCUAUGGAAUGUUCCCUGGGCCUCAGUUGCUUUCGUUUCCUUUGCAGGCCGUGAGCUGCUGCCACUCUGGCAGCUGGUGAGUUAGCUGGAGGGCAACAUUCCAAAGCAGGGGCAGCAUGCUGCUUUCCUCCUGUGCCCACUCCUGCGGGGAAGUCCGUUGACUCCCACUGCUGAAGGGAGCUGGCAACACCAGGAUGAGGUCCCAGGGGACGGGAGCAGGUACCCACUGUCUGUCUACCUUCCCACUGGAAAAGCACGGACAGGCCAGCGCUUGCGGGGGCAGGCAGAGGACAGAGUUGGCUUUGCGCGGUCUCUGCCUGCUGAGGAGUUCCAAUUCCUCUCAUGGGAGAAACAAGGAGGCAGUCGCUUGUGCAUGUUCCAGAAGUUUUAUUGGGGAGGAGGAAGCGGACAGAGGAAGCUGUGUGUGCAUGUGAAGGGGUGGGCAGGGUGGGAGGGAUGCACGCGUAUGUGAGCAUAGCAUGUGUGAGUACUACACACAUCUCCAUGCAGAAGCACAACUGGGCAGCCCUGGCUUCCAGCGCCGGGCUUCAGCACAACAGACACCAGCCUGUGGUCUCUCUGAACCCAGGGAGACCGCAUCGGGCUCAGGACGUUUUACCCGAGGUCCAGAGUUUUAUGCCUCUCCCUGGCAUUCUCCAUAAAGAAGGGAAGGUCAGAUGACCCCUUAGAUCUGUGUCAUCUGGGAAUUUCCUUGGGCUGGUUUAGACAUGAUGCCCUCUUUUUCUCAGGAUAGCAGAUAACCUGCUUUGAAAGAGGGCUUAAUUCUGUGGGUCCUAAAUUUUCUCCUUUCUCUCUCUCUUUCCGUGUGUGUGUGUUGGGAAAAUGGCAAGUUUCCAAUACCAGCUUUGGAGGAACGAUUACGUUUUCCCUCCAUUUCAAGUCCAAAAGACCAGAGCCCUCAUUCCAAAGCCCCCCACCCAGAUGGAUUUUUUAGUUUCAUUUGUCAUCCGUCCCAUGGGAGGGCCCCAUGUCUCCUCAGAACCCAUCCUGGAGGCAGCAGGUGGGGUAGAGUGAGUUUGGCCUACUCAUGACCUCCACCCCUGAGAUUGUGAACAAGGACGUCUGGGGCGAUGCUGAGAAUGUUUUUGAAGAUGCUCCCAGAUGACGCUGAUGAUCACACCAGAUUGAGUGCUGCGAUCGCCUUGAGUCCAACCUCUGCAUAAACGAGGUUCUCAUAAACAAGUUCACUCUACCCUAAGCUAAGUCUAUGUGAGCAAACCCACUUCAUCCUUUGUACCUGGAGACCUGGUUACACUAACCUGAUACUGACCUGUUUAUGUAGCUGGAAUGGUGUGUUUCAUGCAGUGUGGACCAAGCAAUGACAUGGGGUGUGUGUGUGUGUGUGUGUGUCUGUGUGUGUAUGUGUAUUCAUUCACACUUUUGUGUGUAUACGUGCAUGUAGAUGCUGCAUAAAUGAUUUUUGAUGUCAAAGACAAACACAUUCCAUUGUUUUAAAUGUUCUAUUAUGUAAACAAUAUGCAGAGGGACCAUAUCUACUCUUGUCAUAUUAUUUGUGAUGGUAAAACAUGCAUUUGCAAUAAAUUAAGCUUUCUGGGAAGGCAAGCAGUAUUGGAGCCAAACGACUGUCUCGGAACAUGUGUGUGUUAUCUCGGUUCAUAUCAAGUCCAAAGCUAAUGGAGCCUUCCCCGCCAUCCAGGGAGGAACACCAGGACCCUGGAGUUUCUUCUUAGUGCUAUAUUUUAAAGUUGCAUUGACGUUUUCCUCCCCUUCCUUUUGUGCAAGUUGGAAGCAGCAGUGUUCUAAAAGAUGGUUUGACGUUUUUUGCUGUUGUUUUAUGUUUUUAAAAAUGUAUCUGCUUUGUGUUUGGAAAUAAAAAUCUCUAUUUUGGUCUAUGAAA